AUGGCUUGGGAACGAAAUCGUCUCCGACUGCUCUGCAUGCUGUCCAUUACUUUUGCGUUUUUCAUUGUUGAAGUUGUCGUCAGCCGUAUGACUGCUUCCCUGUCAAUGCUGUCAUACUCUUUCCAUAUGCUGCCGGGUGUCAUUGCCCUGGUUGUGGCCCUUAUUGCUGUGCACUUCUCUGAGAAAACUCAAGCAACGAGUCAAAAUACUUUCGGAUGGAUCAGAGCAGAAGUGAUGGGUGCUCUGGUCAAUGCCGUAUUCCUAACUGCCAUGUGCUUUACCAUCAGUAUUGAGGCAGUCGAGCGGUUCACAGUGCCUCACGAGAUUGAAAGUCCCCGAGUGGUUAUUGGAGUUGGAGCUGCGGGACUUCUUGUAAACAUGCUCGGUCUUUUGUUGUUCCACGAACACGCAGGACACGGUCACUCGCAUGGUGGCUCUCAUGGAAUUAACAAACUUCACAAAUCCGAGAGAGUAGGGAGAGAAUCCUUUGAAGAUGAGACCAGUAGGCAUAUCAUGUUUAAUUGCAGUCUGAAGACAGGGGAUCUCAGAGCAGGUCCAGGAGGAGAUCACGAAAUCCCCGAUAAGGACAACCUUGUGGUCCACAUGAAGGACAUCACCCUGGAGGAUUGGAACGAGAGCCAUCAUGACUCUGCUUCACAGCUCAACAUGCAGGGUGUCUUCCUUCACGUGCUGGGUGAUGCCCUCGGCUCUGUCAUCGCUGUGGUCAACGCUCUCACCUUCACCUACGUGUGGCAGCCUUGCCAUGCUGGAGAGACCUGUGUCAACCCAUGCUACAACAGCCACGACUACACUGACCACCAACAACAACAUGUCAAUGUUACACUGAUCACCAUGCUUGGUAGUAGUACCCAGACUACAGUGCACCUCGCUGGCCCUUGCUGGGUGCUCUACCUCGACUCCACACUCUGCAUCAUUAUGGUGGGCUUCUUACUCUAUACCACCUUCCCUCUCCUGAAGGAGUCAGUCCUCAUCCUCCUGCAGAAUGUUCCUAAACAGAUAGACAUGCCCCAGCUGCUGGGGAGGCUCAGGGGCCUGGAUGGUGUGUUGGCUGUCCACGACCUACACAUCUGGCAGCUGGCAGGGAGCAGGAUCAUUGCCACGGUACACAUCAAAUGUCUAGACCCAGCUUCCUACAUGGAUGUGGCCAUGCGAAUCAAAGGCCUUUUUCAUGAUGAGGGUAGCCAUGCCACGACAGUUCAACCAGAGUUUAUUACUGUUAACUUUGAAUCUAAUAUUGACGUCUGUGAGCUGUCCUGUGGGACGCAGUGUGCCCCGAAGCUGCCCUGUGGGACUGUGCCCCGAAGCUGCCCUGUGGGACGCAGUGUGCCCCGAAGCUGUGCUGUGGGACGCAGUGUGCCCCGAAGCUGUCCUGUGGGACGCAGUGUGCCCCGAAGCUGUCCUGUGGGACGCAGUGUGCCCCGAAGCUGUCCUGUGGGACGCAGUGUGCCCCGAAGCUGUCCUGUGGGACGCAGUGUGCCCCGAAGCUGUGGAAACUUUGACAGAACAAGACAAGGAGGACAUUGUCUGGAUAUUCUGCCUUCUGUGUCUAAUGUGAAGCAGUUGGUGCAGACUGAGUGA